AAAGGCCCGCUGACUGCUGCUGACAGCAGAGGAAGGUUUUGGAAGAAAAAAACAUGGCUGGUGGUUCUCAAUUCAUUUGGAUUGCGCUCCUCUUCACCUGUGUACUCUGCACUUCUGAUCCCAGAGCUGGCCACAACAGUUUGGUCAGAACUGGGAAUCCCGACUUGGACGCAAUCAUUUCCAGGAUCAUACUAUCCACUGACUUUCAAAACAGUCCUGUAAAUGUGACGUCAAUUGUCAUCAAAACUUGCACCGGUGUGAAAGAAACUUUGGAGGUGUUACAAAGGAAACUUCAGCAGGCGAAUCGCCGUUACAACCAACUCGAUGACGAGGCCUUUGGGCUGAGGACGGAGGUCAUACAGCUGAAAGUGGAACUUGCUGCAUGCAUGUCAACGGCAUCGUCUACAUCUGGCACGUACCAACCCAAUCUGCAGCUCAAAAUGAAGCAGAUGCUGGAGAAGCUUGAUGGUGACACACUUCUCCUUUUUAAAACAAUGACACUCACCAGGGAGGUGAGCACUUUGGAGGAGAAGAUCAAGCUUGCUACUAAUUCUAACAGACCUGCAGACGAAAUCGCAGAGCUGCAGAAAGAGCUGGACGAGAAUAUGGGUGAACUAAUGGAUCAGAUACGGGAAGCUCAUGAAAGCCUUUCAAACGCAACUCUCAUACUUCAGAUAAUCUCCCUGCAGAAUCAGCUCUGGGCUUUACAAGAGGCAGAAACAAGAGGGGAAAACCCAAACUCUGAGAGUUCAAGUGUCAUGACUCUGGUGAAAGAACAGCUCAACAGGAGGAUCGUUCUGCUGCAAGAAAAAGGAGAUGGCUACUCUGCUAAUUUGCUGGAGCUGAUUUAUGUGCGCACGAAGAUUGCAGAAUUGAAGAGGAUGAUCAUCGAUGCUAUUGAGAAAUCCAAAACCUUCGCCGCUGAUGCCAGGAAGCUAUGGAUGCAAAAGACUGAUCUCCUCAGAAAGCUGAUUAUACAGCUGAAAGAUGAUGAGAACAACAGGGAACUAACCUUGCAAAUUAUGAGAGUGCAGGCCGAGGUGCUACAUUUUGAACAGCUGAUGAGAAACGCCAAAAACAUCACCGAUUCCCAAAUUCAAGGGUUCCGCGUUUUGUUGGACAGAGAGAAGCAAAGGCAUGACGUUUUACAGAAGCAACUGGAAGCAGUGGAGUAUGUUAAGGCCCAGCAGAUCAUGCAAGUCAUCAGCCUAAUAGAAGAAAUGAAAAAGCAGCACCUGACAGGCCAGCCCACCAGUACAGAAAAAAAAUACAUCGAAGCUCAGGCCAAAAUAAGAGAGCUGCAGAGGAAACUGCGACUGAAGACUGAGAUGGAUUCCAAAUUUGUGAAAAGAUAUGAGCAGGUGAAGAUCGACUUUGACCGCAAGAUUGCUGAGCUGAACAGAACCGAGGACUUCCAACCAGCUCUCAUUAUAAAGCUGAUGAGCCUGCAUGAUGAACUCAAGGCUCUGAAGGAUCAGAUCUCUCUCUCAGAAGACAAAGACUUGACCUCCGAGCUACGGAGACAACUGGAGAGAAAACAAGAAGAACUGAGCUCAGGAAUCGCAGACAUAGAACGUCUGACUUCUAGCCCAGGAGCAAUUUUAAAGAUCCUUGAACUGCAACAUGAGUUAUGGACCCUUCGGAACAAAGCCACCAAUGGAACCACAAGCGAUCGAGAAGAGGAGUUACAGGACAGACUUGACGGCUUCAUCGAUGAAAUCAACAACAGAGCCGGUGAAAACACAAAACUGAUUCUGAAAAUCAUCAGUCUGCAAAGUCAGCUGGAGCACCUGGAGACGCUGCUGUCACAAACCUACAAUUCAAACUCUCCGAGCAUGGUGAUCAUAAGGAACAAUCUAACAGAUGAGCUCACAUUCAAGAGAGCCGAGCUACAGAAGUAUAUCAAUGAGCUGAAUAACAAGAAUCCGGCUAAUGCCAGAUUAAUUCUGGUUAUCACUGAACUCUACAAAAAUCUCAAAAGAAUUGAAAAAGAAAAUCGUGACGAUAACGCAGCAUCGUCUUUAACAUUAACUCUCCAUCAGAUGUAUCUUCAAAACAAAAACAGGGAAUAUGCUCUUAUGAAGGAUAAAUUCGCAGAGUUGGAGAGGCAACUGCAGUUAAAGACACAUGAGUGCUCUGGACUCGAGCAACAACGAAACCAGCUGAAGACUGAAGUUGAAGAUAAGAUUGCAGAACUGAACAAGACGAAAGACUUCAAAACUGCUCUGCUCCUGAAUGUGAUCAACAUGAAGUCUGAAGUGAGGGCUUUGAGGGAGCAGAUCUCAAACUCAAAAGAUCCAGAAAUCAUCUCACAGCUGCAGAUGCAACUGGAGACGAAGCAAGAUGAACUGAUUACUAAGACUGCAGAAAUGGAGGAAUUGCUUGCCAACCCGAGAGUGGUUUUACAAAUCAUUGAGCUCCAGAAUGAGAUAUGGGACCUGCAGAACAAGGAUGUUAAUGGGACAGCUGGUGACCGGAUAAAAGCGCUACAAAACAGAAUAGACACACUCAUGACUCAAAUAGGCAGCAGUGAUCGAGAAAACACCGAACUGACACUGAAAAUCCUGAAUCUGCAGAGUCAGGUGAAGCACCUGCAGAAUCUGCUGUCAAACCGCGAGACUCUACAAACCAGUAAGCUAACUGAAUCAUGA